UUAGCCCAAGACAAACUUAUCCAGCCUACCCAAGAAAAACCCUUCAACCCCAUUUACUCCUCCUCCUCUACUCUUCCCCCCCCUCCUCCACCACCUCCAGCUCCACCACCAACCGCUACUCCUAUAAUUCUACAACACGGCCCAAAAUCGCCACAUUUCUUAUCGAUCAAGAAAAAUGAAGCUACGCGAUCUAUAGCGAAUGUUAGGCUUCAAGCACCGAGUACAAAGACAACAAUGAGUUCUACAUCUUCCAGUGGCUCGCCGAGCCGUCCCUCAGGUGGAAAGCACCCAAUGUACCGUGGAAUAAGGAGCCGGAGCGGCAAAUGGGUAUCGGAGAUUCGCGAACCACGUAAAACUACACGUAUUUGGCUAGGGACUUACCCUACACCGGAGAUGGCGGCCGCGGCCUAUGACGUGGCUGCAAUUGCCUUAAAAGGUAGUGAUAUUGUACUAAACUUUCCUGAUCGUGUUAGUUCCUACCCAGCCCCAGCCUCACCUUCUCCGUCUGAUAUACGCAGCGCGGCUGCGGGUGCUGCUGAGAUGAUGAAGGAGAAAACUGCAGGUGGUGGACAUGAUGGUGAUGAUGAUGGAAAGUUUCCUCAUGAUCAAAACCAGCCUGGAUCAAGUGAUCAUCAAGAAUUAGCAUUUGAUCAAGAUAGAGGCUUGGCUGGAGAAGAUGAAUUCAUUGACGUAGAGGCACUGAUUGAUAUGCCUAAUUUGCUUGUGGACAUGGCCGAGGGAAUGCUAGUGAGCCCACCAAGAAUACACUCUCCGCCAUCUAGCGAUUCGCCUGAACAUUCUGAUGUUGAUAGCCUAUGGAGCUAUUUUUGAAUAAUCUGAUCAAGCUUUCCAAAAACUUUUCUAUUUGGUAGUGAUAAUCUAGGAUUGAAGAAAACUACACCACGGGUGAUUGUGAAAAUGAACGUGAUAUAUAGCUUCUAGUAAUGCGUAUAACAAUCCGGGUAGUACAAGACUCUUGCUUUUCUGUUAUUCACAUCAUCAGGAUGCAUGAUGUUUUUUAGUGGAAAUUAAUAAGGUUUGAUCAAACAGCAGCAAACGUUUGAUCCUAAAGCCGAAAAACAAAAAGUGCAGAAUGGGUUUUGAGAGUGAAAAUGAAGUUAUUAGUCAUUUUUAUACAUUUGUGUUUAAUAGUA